CGCCGGCGUCAUGUGACCGCGCUCUCGCUGCUGCUGCUGCUGAGUGCCAGGCGCCUGAGCCUUCUGAGAAGCAGGCGGACGGAGGAAGGAAAGGACGAACGGAGGAGGCUUCGAGUGAGGAGGGAAAGAAAGCCCUCAGGUUUCCCCCACACACACAAGGCGACGAGCAGAUACAAGGGAAAGCAGGGCCACCCGGACUGCAGGAGCCACUUUUCCGCCUACUGCUGGAGAAAGUUUCCCAAAAAGCACAGUUACCCAGAAAAUACUUGCAUGUAAUAUACAAGAUAAUCUCUUGGGUUGGCAAAGCUGGGCAUAACAACAGGAGCUCACACCGCUCACUGGAUUCGAACCGUCAACCUUUCGGUCAGCGAUUUCAGCAGCUCAGCGGUUUAACUCGCUGUGCCACCAGGGGGCCCUUGUUCAUACAUAAUCCUAAAUCAGGAAUUAUCACAAGAUCUGAGCAACAUUACCACAAAUAGAGUUGGCUGAGAAGAUGCUAAUGUUUGACCCAGUACCUAUCAAACAAGAAGCAAUGGAACCAGUUCCAGUGUCAUUCAAUUCUAGUUACAUGGAUCACAUGAAAGCCAACAAAUACAGUGUCAUUUAUUCAACGCCGAAUAUGAUGCACAAUAAAUUCUAUCAGUUUCCAGAAGAAUUGUGCAAUGGAGUUCAGCUUGAGCCCGUUGAUCUCACAGUGAACAAGCCACCUUCAGCCGGAAGUUCUCCUUCUCCCCUGAAAUUCCAGAAUUCACACAGGAUAGCCUCACCUGGAUUAAAUCUGCCUUCACCCAGCCCUCCAAUGAAGAAAUUGACGCCACCAGGAAUACAGCCUUUCCCUAUGCCAUUAACUAUUCCUCCAGUAAUGGCAGCUCUUUCACGCCAUGGACUUCGAAGCCCUGGGCUACUUCCAGUUAUACAGCCAGUUGUAGUACAACCUGUCCCUUUUAUGUACGCCCCUCACCUACAACAGCCUCUUAUGGUAUCCACAGUCCUUUCAGAAGAGUUGGAAAGUCCAAGUAGUGUGCCAGUCUCUGUAAUUGAGUCUUAUGAGAAACAAGCACUAAAGAAAUCUAUCAAGGUAGAACCAGGUCUGGAAUCACCUAGGAAUGACUACUACACCGAACAAAUGUCCCCUCCAUUGAUGACUUCAUUGUCACCCCCUCAAGCAAUGUUUCAAGAGAAUCACCCUUCAGUUAUAGUUCAGCCUGGUAAGAGGCCAUUACCUGUGGAAUCUCCUGACACACAAAGGAAGCGUAGGAUACACCGAUGUGAUUAUGAAGGCUGCAACAAAGUUUACACUAAAAGCUCCCAUUUAAAAGCACACAGAAGGACGCAUACAGGGGAAAAGCCUUACAAAUGCACUUGGGAAGGUUGCACAUGGAAAUUUGCUCGAUCUGAUGAACUAACGCGACAUUUCCGAAAGCACACGGGAGUCAAGCCAUUCCAGUGCCCAGACUGUGACCGUAGCUUCUCUCGCUCCGACCAUCUUGCCCUUCAUAGGAAGCGCCACAUGCUAGUCUGAAUCUCUCUUCGUCCAGUUUUCUUCGUGUUUCCUUUCUUCUUAUUUUUACCUUGUUCAUAUUAACUUAGAUUCAGCUGGCCUGAAUCUCUGGAUUUUAUUGCCGAAAAAUCUUCCCAAUGGCCAGUAAAAGAUGUUUGCUGGACCCUUAUUUGCCCUUGUCACGGGUCAGACCUAAAGAAUGUGAACAUUUUUCCUUCUCCUGGGGAUGCUAAGCAAACCCUACCUGCCAGCAAAUCAAUUAAAAUUUCUGUGAUCAAGCUGGUUAACUUUGCCAUUCAAUCAGCCAGUAGAUACUGAUCAUUUGGUUGCUGUUGUUGGAAAUCCAGCCUGCUAGUCCUUGCCAGAGACUUUGUGUGCCCUUUAAAGGUUACACAUCUCCUUUUUAUGCUCAGCAAUGCAAUAAAUGGACCCUUUCUGAUGUGGUUGGUGAUAGAAGCUUGUUCACAAGACACUUUUUGGAUUUUUUUUUAAUUCUCAACAUGAGAGUGAAUGAAAAAUUCUUGACUGAUGGGUGGCUGUUCUCAACAGAAAUGUUGUCAAUGUCUCAUGUUGUACAUCCUAACCAGCAUUGCCUCUUUUGUGUGAUGUGUAAAAUGCUAGCUUGUGUUUGCCUGGAUAUCUUGCCUCAGUAGUUUUGUUAAGCAAACACGUUCACAUAUUGUAAGGUUUUGUGUGCAACUGUAUGAAUGGAGCAUACAUGGUACUGCUAUGAUGUGGCAUUCAACGAUACAUGCAAUAAUCUACCUCACUGAAGAGGUGUGGUAGGCCUGUUCUUCUCUCAUCACUCCUCUGCAUUUCCUGUUGACUAGAAAACCUCUGGCCCUUGCCUGUCGUAGAAUAAGCAGCCACAUCUGUAAAAUGAAAUCUGUCAGCUCACUGCUAGAAAUUAAAAUUGGGGAUCCUACCAUGUACACAAGAGAAAUGACACAAGGAAGAAAAUAUCUUUGCUGAUGCGCCUCUGUACAAUAUCACGCACACAAAAGGUGCAUCUUCCCCCCGAUAAGUUUUGCUGGCCAAACACAACAAAAAAGCUUCACGGAUUUCUAUAAAUAUUUUGUUGCACAAUUCCUUCAUUUCCAGUAUUGGACAAAAACACUAAGAUUCACAUAAUUAAAAAGUCAAACCUGGUUGAUAUUAUUCUUAUUAUUUUAAGAAGCUAUUGUUUUUAAGGGGAUAGCAUUCUGUUCACCAUCAGGCUUUUUCCUUUGUAAACUUUGCAGUCCUUUUAAAAUAUUGGAACUUUGGGUUUUCAUGUUUUGAAAGAAUUAAGUAAAUAGAAGCAGCGAGAAUAAUUAAUAAACAAGAGAGAAAAGGACAUAAGAAUGUACUAGGAAACACUUGUAAUGAUCUGCUAUAAUCACAUACAUUUCAGGUAAACAGCCAUUCAGGCGCAACAUGGUUUAUUCUCCAUUUUUAAGAUAAUGUCUGUUCAUACUGUUCCAUAAAUUGAGUUGGACUUCAAUGGUUCAUGUUUAUACAUUAUUUUCCAGCACUUUUUGUACUCCUGCGUCCUCUCCCCUCACCUCUUUCUAUCUAUCUAUGGUACUACUUAACUCUUUCCUGUGAAAAUUACUGAAACAUAGAACUCCUUAACUUUGGUUGAAUCAAGCCUAAUUUGGGUACCAAACACUUGCCUGAAUAAAAUUUAAUCCAGGCAAGUUUGAAACAAUUUAAAUUGCCUUCCUUCCAAGAAAGUGUUCAAAUUUAGCUCUCCUGAAGGAAAAGAAUGCACAGUUGAUGUCAAAAGUUUGGAGUGAAUAAAUUGUCCCUUUGGAGCAGGCUGUUGGAUCUGUUAAAUGCAUGGUUUGACAAUGCAAAUAUGCAAUAUUCUGUAUAAGAUUCAUCUGGGUUUCUCAAACUGCUCCUCCAGAUGUUCUGAACUUCAACUCCCAGAAAUCUUACCAGAUGUUGGGAAUUGUGGGAGGUGAAGUCCAAAAACAUCUGGAGGAACACAGUUUGAGAAACUCUGUUUUACAUCUUGGUACCAGGGGAAGAAUGAAGGUGAGGCACUUUCCUAGUAAUUUUCGUAGGAAAUUAGCAAAAUAGUCCUUUUUUCAAUUAUAUUUAAACUCAAACUUAAUCACAUCUUUACUUUGUUAAACAUUUAGGUGUUUUGGGUUUUCUGUGCUCUAGAAAUUAAAUAGACAAAACAAAGGAGCCAUGGCAUAACUCGGUCUAGUCAGUAAUAUGAGUAUGUAUGUGGCCAUUUCAUAAUCAAAUCUUGAAAGAAUUGGGAAUUUUAAAGAUCAGCCAUCAAUCCUAAAAAAAUCUUUAUCAGAAUUAUGGCAUGUCUUGCCUUUCUAAUGCCAGUUUAAACAAGAAAUGACUGCAACAUCUUCUAUCACACAGUAAAAAGAGCAAAAAAUCUGUUUUACUUUCUCUAGCAUGGCCAAGUAAGAUCUGGAAAAUACAUUAUUUUAUGUUGUGUUGAUAGUCUUGCACUGUGUUGCUAACAUGGAAAAAUCUGAAUUGAGAAACUUAAAAAGAGCUUUCUAUGUGUCAGCAGCUUAGGACUGGGAAGUAGAGGGAACCAUGCCAGGACAUUAACCCGAGUGCUUUGAAUCCCUCUAAAAUUAAAUGGGAAAUACUUUUUGAACCAAAAACACAUGAAAGAAAGAAAAAAAACCAACAGAGAGAGGACAAGGCCCCAUGAAAUAGAACCUGCCAAUCCUCUAUACUUACUAUAUCUAAGAGGUUAUAUGGCAUACAUCUAGCCUCAUUAGGCUUAUGAUGUCAUUAAUUUCUAUUACAAUGAGAGUGAGAGCUACCACUUUAUGAGUGCCUCAGAUUUUGUAAAAAUUCAGAUACGUGUUUAAAACAUUGGUGAUGCUGCUAGUUUUCUUUCAUAAAAAUGUUUCUGAACAGUGUUUAAUUCUUCCCCUCAACGUUUAUCUGGGGAUAAAUAGUUCAACAGUUUAACAUAGAAUGUAUGCCGAAAAGUGCCAGAAGACAAUGUUGCCUUCAAAUUCCAAGUUGCUAGUAUUGUUUCAUCUGUUGUUUUAAAACCCAAGAAAGAAAUUGUGUUAUUAAUCCCACACCAAUUUGUAUUCCAUCUUAUUCUCCUAAAGCAAACACAAUUACAUUAUUUUCAUGUAUAUGCAUAGAUGUUGCUGUCCUGUUUUAGAGCAAUUAUGUUUUAAGAUACGAUUAUGCAUCAUAAGUACAUAUAUGGAAGAGCAGUUAUGGCUAGAAUUUGAAGAAUUGCUUAAAUUUGUUGAAGAUGCUGUAGAGGUGGUGAGAUUUUUUUAACUUCUCCUGGGAAUAUCCUGUUGUCUAGCAUUAGUUUAAUAAACCGGGAGUGACUGAUCCAUUGCAACCCAUUGCAACCAUUGCAACCCAUUGCAAGCAUUGCAACCCAUUGCAACCCAUUGCAACCCAGACCAUUUCUUUUACACCCGUCAGCUUCAGAAAAGCUUUAACAUGUAUUUGGGGUGUGAAAGGGUUGCUAUUUGGGAAGAACAGGUACAAAAUCGUUGAAUCUAUGGUGGUAGCAGGAAUGUAUUUUGAGUCUUGGCCAGAGACUAUGAGGUUAUCCUUCAGAUGGAAGAUGUUUGCUAAGUUAGGGGAGGAACCUUUAGAUUCAACUCUGUAUCUACAUGAAAGUAAGAUUGAGAAUUCCUAAAUUCCCUUCUGUUGAAUUAAAUAAGGAAAGAUAACAGUCCAUGCCUCGAGAAGAGUAAAAAUGCCCAGUAGGAGGACUACUUAAUAUGAUAAUACAGUAGAGUCUCACUUACCCAACAUAAACGGGCUGGCAAAACAUUAGAUAAGCGGAAUGUUGGAUAAUAAGGAUCAAAGAAAAGCCUAUUAAAUGUCAAAUUAUGUUAUGAUUUUACAAAUUAAGCACCAAAACAUCAUAUUUUACAACAAAUCAACAGUAAAAGCAGUUUAAUACACAAUAACAUUAGGUAGUAAUUACUGUAUUUACGAAUUUGGAUAAUACAGAACGUUGGGUGAGCGAAGGUUGGAUAAACGAGACUCUACUGUAGUGAGAUUCACAGCAUGUAACAGCAUUUCAGGAAGUUGGAAAGUGACUCCGCUGCCAUUUUAGUCACAAUCCUUAAAACAGAAUCAUUUGAGUGCAAUAGGUAGCUUAACCAGGAAAUUGUCUCCUUCCUGAAAUCUAGCCCAGAUUUUAGCACAUGCCUUGAAUGUUCUAGGAAAGGGAAAGCAACCGCAUGGCAAUACUUGUCAUACUGAACGCUUGGGAAGCCAGUGCUUCCACUCUAAUAGGACUUUCAGGACAAUAUAUCUGCUACAUAGUUGCUGCUACCACUUCAAUGCUACUGUUGGAAGUGGAAUGUGCCUCUUGCCAAGUGAGAAAGGCUCUUUGCAUGCAGCCCAUCCCCUAAGAAUAGUUAUGCUUUUAACCAAUCCAUGCACACAUACAGUGUUGCGCUGCAUAUGAUGCCACCUUUAGGAUACCGCUUUGUGGAGGAUGUUGUGCUGAAGAGCAUUCCCUGAUGGACUACUCUUUUUCCAUGCAGAGUGAAGCUGACAUGUUUGUAAUGUGGUUUUAAUUAUGCACAAUCUGUUAAACAGAGAGAGAGAACAAUGCAGAAUCUUAUUCCUAUUUAGUUUCCAGGCUUAGCAAGGUGUACUUGACUGCAAAUCAUUUCCUCUUAAACAGAAUUGCAAAAGCAAAACAGGAAAAAAACCAAGUAUUUUACACGUUUUUUUUGAAAAAGGCUAUAAUUCCCAUUGUGUUUUAUAAAUAUUAGCACUUUCUUGCUAUUUAUAUAUUUUAAAUGUUAUACAGUCAAAGUAAUCUUCCUGCUUAGCAUUUCCCUACGUCUUCACCUGCAAAUGUAGCAGGAAUAUUACAUUUACUUUAAUACUUGUAUAAAACUAUGCAGAAUUUAAAAAAUAAAAUGUAAUAUAUUUUAUAAGCUAAUAAUAAUUGGGUAAUUAAUGGUUUCUAGCAUGCAUUCCUAUCAUUUGCCGAUACUGAAACAUUUUGGUAAUCUUUCUCACUAAAGAUGUGAAUGUUUUUAUGUACCUUCACUAUUUCUACUUUUGGUAGUCCAAUGGGAAUUCAGUAAUGACAUUUUGUCAUGUCAAACUGUGAACAUAAAUUUGUACUGUACAGUCCUCAUAUGUUAUAUAUACCAUGCUAUAUGUAUUGUUAAUAAAACAAAACAGAUACUAAAUGUAAA